AUGAUUGAUCACUGCAAGGAAAUAGAAGCCAACAAUUCAAAAAGAUGCAGAGAGUUAUUGGAAGUAUUAACUCGUCAACGUACACUUUUCGAUAAAACAAGAAAAUUUCUUAAAGACAAGUGGAAAGGAGAUGUUAAGCGCAUGCUUGAUGCAGAAAAUAGCUUGUUUAAGACAAAAUCAGCUUAUUACCAACGUUGUCAAGCUGGGGUAAAGUUGCGUGAAGAACUAGCAUCUGCACAAAAUUUUCUCAAUGAAUUAUCAGCGUCGCUUAAUCAGACACCAUCCAACUCUUUCUCCGGCGCACCACCAUCCGCGUCAUCACUGACAACGACACCAACAAGUGCUUCAGGUACAGCAGGAAGUACUGGUGGCAGUACACAUUUAUCAAACUCGAACUUAACAGUUGGAAGCAAUGCAAAUCUGGCACAAGAUUCAAAUGAUCCUUCGUCAGGAGAUUCUAGUACUUUUACUGCCUCUUCUUCAUCUUCCUCUUCAAACCAAGUCGCUAAACAACGAGCAAAAGUUGAACGAUUGGAAAAACAGUUGAGCGAUAACGAUAAGAAGGAAAUAGAACUAAUGUACGCAUAUCGUGAAGCAGUGGAUAUUGCAAAUCAUCGACUGUGUGAAUUAGAAAAAAGUAAGGUCGAAAUUUUGUGCGAUACACGUUUGACUAUAACAAAAAGUGAUGAAGUCGUUAAAGAUUCCUUGGCUGAAUUAUGGAAUCAUUUGUUCACUAGUCGAUUGGCAAUGAUAAAACAGUACGAAACAAUUGCAAACGCCUACCAGGAUUAUGUACCGUGUAGUGACUAUCGUGCAUUGGUUGAAGCACAUGUACAAAAGGCCACUGAAUUUGUUCCAGAAAAAUAUCAUUUUGAUGGAUUUCAUGAAUCAAAAUAUGUACAUAUUUGUACAUUAAGAGACAAAAUUAGGCAAAUGGAUUCAAAAAAAGUCAUAACAAUCAAACGAACAAUGUCUUGUUGCAUUGUGCGAAAUAUCCAACUGUGUACAUAG